UUUUUUUUUAUCUUUUAUACUAACAGCAGUCUAAUUUGAUCAUUAUUUAAACCGUCACCAUGAAUUUUGAAAUAAGCAAAAUAGGAUUUCAUCUUUCUUUGGAUUUUAAGGUCAGAACGGGAAAAAUGAGCCUUUCCUCUUUUUCUAUUUUCUUCUCACUCGUUGUCUUCCUAUCUUUCUCGCUCUCUUUGUUAUUCCGCUAAUGUCAAUGAUCCAGUUAUUGGAUAAUCAAGUCGUGAAACAACUCAAAGGAUCUUUAGUCAUUACGUCUAUGGAACAAUGUUUAGAAGAAUUGAUCAAGAAUGCAUUAGACGCCGCUGCUUCAACUAUUGAUAUCCAAGUUGAUAUUGAACAUUCUAUGUUACAAGUCACUGAUAAUGGUACUGGGAUUCUUCCAACAGAUCUUGUUCAACUGGCGCAACGACAUGUCACAUCAAAAUGUCAUAGUCUAAUAGAAUUACAUGGUACCAGAACAUUUGGAUUUCGUGGUGAAGUACUGGCUGCUUUAUCGACUAUGUCUAUAUUACAAAUUAUAUCAAGACAUAGAACAAGCUCUGAUAGUUUUAUGGCUACUUGGAAGGAUGGUCAAUUGAUUCAACAUUCUAUAUGCAAGGACAAUCAUGCAUAUGGUACUACAGUCUUGAUUCCAUCAUUAUUUUAUAAGUACCCAGUUCGGCAAAAGCACCAGAGAACCAAUUUAGAAUCACUGAAACACACACUGACACUUUUUGCCCUCAUAUUCCCUCAAGUGAAAUUUACUUUGAUUGACAGAGUACAGAACUCAAAAUGCAUGGUAACCAAAAAGAUCUCUUCAAGUCUGGGCAUUUUUCAAUUACUUUUUGGACAACGGUUUACUCAAGAAAUCAAGGCAUAUAGUAUUCACGAGGACCAACUUCAAUUACAUGGUUAUUUUGGUGGUGAUGGGGUACCUACAAAGGUUCACCAAUACAUAUAUGUAAACAAGCACUAUAUAUCACCUGCUGACAAUGAUCUCUACAAAACUGUCAAUACUAUUAUUCAAAGUUAUUCUUCGGAACGAUUGGCUGAAGAUAAUAUUAAAAGAGGAAGAGAUUACCCAAUAUUCUUGAUCAAGAUUGAUUGUACAUGUAUUGCAAGUUAUGAUAUUACUUUUCUCUCUGAACAUGUGAUCUACCCUCGAUUGAUGACUUUAUUAAAACGAUUGACGAUGAAGUAUAUACAAUCAACCGGCAAACAAUUAUCCCAAGACAAAAGGAAGAAACAAGAACCAUUAUCAAAAAAGAAACAAAAAACAGCAAGUCUCUAUUUGGAACAUUCAUAUUCUACAAUACCGUUACCUCGGAGUCAAGAUACCCCUCAAUUCGGAAGAACUCUGUUGAAUAAUUAUCCGUCUCUUCCUUCGACCAUCAACAAUAUCGAUACAUCCAGAUUACGCCGAUAUCCUGUCUCCACUCUUGAUCACAGUAUGGUCAGCACAGAAUUACCAUCAUUAUCUUUACCUUUGUUAUCAUCAACAUCAUCAACAUCAUCUGCAUCAUCUAUAUCAUCUGCAUCAUCAACAGCAUUAAUAUCAUCUACAUCAUCUACUUCAUCAUUAUCAUCAUCAUCGACAUUUACAUCACCUUAUUCAAUCAACAACAGCUCAUAUGGGUUUCAGACACCUCAAAAAUUACAACGUGAAGAUCUGCAAUCAGCCAAAGUACUUGCUCAAGUGGAUACGAAAUGGAUAGUAUGCCUAUUAGAUAGAAUACUGUUAUUGGUGGAUCAACAUGCUGCAGAUGAACGUAUCAAGUUGGAAUCUAUGUUGAAUAGUUCAUUGGAUAUCAAAUAUCUGGAACCUUGCUUAGACAUCAUCAUGACACAACAUGAGUCUGAUUUGGCCGUUAAAUAUGCAUCCGAUUUACAACGCUGGGGAAUAUAUAUCGAAAGAAAAGACAUUCAGAAAAAACAACAACAUCAUCAUACCGGCCGUAUUGGAUCACCUCAUUUCGCUCAUCAUCACCAGAAACGGUCUUCUUCACAUUUUACAUCCAACUCUCAGAAGGACAAUAUGGAUAGAUAUACUCAGCAAGUUUUUGUUACUCGACUUCCUCAAAUGAUUGUAGAACGAUGUAUUCUUGACCCUCAACUACUGACUGAUCUUAUACGUGAAUAUCUUCAUGAUCUGGAAAGCUCAGUAGUCUCUCGUUUGGCUUGUCCUCCUGGUAUGAUGGAAAUCCUGAAAUCAAAAGCUUGUCGUGGUGCUAUUAUGUUCAACGAUCCAUUAUCUAUAGAUCAAUGUACUAAGUUAAUUAGAUCAUUAGCAAAAUGUCGUUUUCCUUUUCAGUGUGCUCAUGGCAGACCGUCUGUAGUUCCUUUGAUGAAUCUUGGUGAUAAUCAACGACAAUCAAGACCAAUCCGAUGGGAAACCUUUGUAAAAUAGAAUAUUAAUACAAUUGGCAAUUCGUGCUUUGUAGUGUAAAUUAUAUAUAUAUAUAUGAAAAUUCAUGCUUCCAAUAAAUUGAAACUACGGCAGGUGACUGUUGUCAUCGGCUGAAAAAAAAAA